AUGAGUACUAGAAGAGGUGCAAGAGGCCGUGGUCGAGGCUGCAGAAGCGUUAGGGUUGAAUCAUCGGCAUUGGACCAUAUGCCCGAUGUUGGAGUAAAAGAGGCUCCAGCCUCACCUGUGGCUGGGAAUGAAUCGGAACGAGUUUUCUCGGAAUUGGUGGAGAAAGAAAAGAUAGCGGAGGAGGUAAAGCGCAUUGAGUGCCUAAACAGGGAGAAAGAAAGGGGUAAGAAUAAGAGGGAGGCUGAGACUACUGGUGUGGGACAGAGGCCUAGGGCUAGGUCCAGAGUUAAUGGGCCAGUUAGAGUAAGGCCCCCUGCUGCUAAUCUAGGGGUGCCAACUUGUGCUGACUAUGGGAAAAGCUACAGAGACAAGUAUGGAUUGGCUGGUGAAGCACCGAGCCACCUUGGAUUACACUGUAAAGAAAUGGUGUUAAGAACGGCGGAGGAUAAGGAGGUGGUGGUAAAUGGUGAACGAUGUUUUUCCCGAGGAGCUGCCUGGGUUGCCACCAGCAAAGAAGUGGAAUUUGGAAUCGAGUUGUUACCUGGGACGGCUCCACUGUCUAUCGCUCCUUAUCGGAUGGCACCAAAGGAAUUGGGAGAACUUAAGUUAAACAAGUUAACUGUUAAAAACAAGUACCCUCUACUGAGAAUCGAUGAUCUUUUUGAUCAGUUUAGGGGAGCUUCUGUUUUCUCAAAGAUUGAUCUGCGUUCAGGAUAUCACCAAUUGAGGGUUAAGGAGGCAGAUGUUCAUAAGACAACUUUCAGAACUCGUUAUGGGCAUUACGAGUUCUUAGUGAUGCCAUUCGAGCUGACGAAUGCACUUGCCGCUUUCAUGGAUCUUAUCAAUCGGGUUUUCCAACCCUACUUAGAUCGGUUCGUGGUAGUCUUUGUAGAUGACAUUUUGGUGUACUCAAAAGAUGAGGAAGAGCAUGAUGCACACUUAAGGAUUGUGUUGCAGACUUUGAAGGAGAAGUAG